AUGAGAUUGUUACCUACCGUUUUAUUUUUAUCUGGAUCCUUAUAUGUUUUGUCACCCAAUUUUGAUAUAAGCUUCUAUGCUUCCGCUGCGGAAACGGAAGUAGCGAAAGAUGGUUAUAAAGAUCUUAAAAGUGGAGCAUUUGGAGGAGAAAAAGUGAAAGAAGGAGGUUGGGAUACAGAUGAAGAUACAUCAGGCCUUUCUGGACAAAAUUCUCUUAAUCCAUUAAAGGAUGAUGGAGUUAAUGGUGUUGGACCAACAUCAACCAAUGGACCAUAUGCAUUGAAUACAGAAGUUAGUGAAGGAGCAAAAAUAAAAGACUGGAACGAAUGGAUAAAGCAAGCUAAGAAAGAUUUUUCAGGAUACAAAGGUGCCAUGCAUACCCAAAGGUACGAAUGGACCAAAGAGAAAGAAGAUGAACUUCAAAAAUUCUGUAAAUACUUAGAAAAAAGAUGGAUGAGUUAUACAGGAAACAUCGAUAGAGACUGCAAAUCGGAUUUCUUGCAAUCCACACAAAACUGGAAUGAUAACCAAUGGAAUAAAUGGGUGAAAAGUGAAGGAAAGCACCACAUGAAUAAGCAAUUCCAGAAAUGGUUAGACUAUAAUAAAUACAAGUUACGUGACUGGACGAAUGCUGAAUGGAACAAAUGGAAAGCAAAUAUUAAGGAUCAACUUGAUGAUGAGGAGUGGAAAAAAAAUGAGGCAGCUGGAAAAACAAAAGAAUGGAUCAAAUGUACCGCUAAAAUGGAAAAGGAUUGUUUAAAGAAAACUAAAAAACACUGCAAAAAUUGGGAAAAGAAGGCAAACAGCUCAUUUAGAAAAUGGGAAGGAGAUUUUACAAAAAAAUGGACAUCCAACAAACAAUGGAAUUCAUGGUGUAAAGAGUUAGAAGGACAAGUGUAA